AUGAAGGCCACCCCUCUGCUGAUUGCCUGGCACGAUGACAAUGCCCCUAUCUACUCGGUGCACUUUGACCCUCAUGGCAAGGGCCGACUAGCAACCGCUGGGAAUGAUAACAAUGUUCGCCUGUGGAAGGUCGAGUCGACGGGAGAAGAGCGCAAGGUUACCUACCUAAGCACUCUGAUCAAGCAUACGCAGGCCGUCAAUGUUGUCCGCUUCUGCCCCAAAGGAGAGAUGCUGGCAUCUGCCGGAGACGAUGGCAACGUCCUUCUCUGGGUUCCAUCCGAGACACAAACACAGCCGGGGUUUGGACAGGAAGCAUUGGACGAUAAGGAAACAUGGCGAGUAAAGCACAUGUGUAGGUCGUCGGGAGCAGAGAUAUACGACCUAGCAUGGUCUCCAGACGGUGUCUUCAUCAUCACGGGCAGCAUGGACAACAUUGCUCGGAUCUACAAUGCUCAGACAGGCCAAAUGGUUCGACAGAUUGCUGAACACUCUCACUACGUACAAGGUGUUGCCUGGGACCCUUUGAAUGAGUACGUGGCAACACAAUCUUCCGAUCGAUCGGUGCAUAUAUACGCUCUCAAGACAAAAGACGGCCAGUUCACCUUGACAACGCAUGGAAAGUUCCUGAAGAUGGACUUACCCGCGAAACGGGUAGCUUCAAGCAGCCCGGUGCCUGACUUUGGCGGGAACCGAGUUCAAUCAACCUCAGGGAACCCCAUGACUGUGUCCUCCCCCGGCGCUUCAACCCCGGGCACUCCAUUGACGGCUCCCUUGCCUAUGGAUCCUCCACCUGUCUCGCUCAGUCGCCGUUCCUCGUUUGGCUCCUCACCAUCAAUCCGCAGGUCAGCAUCGCCAGCACCUUCUAUGCCAUUACCUGCUGUGAAGCCUCUCGAAGCUGCUUCCCCGGGACUCUUCGGCGGAAUAGGUGUAAAGAAUGCUAGCAUUUAUGCCAACGAGACCUUCAACUCUUUCUUCAGGCGUUUGACAUUUGCCCCAGAUGGUAGCUUGCUAUUCACGCCUGCCGGACAGUACAAGGUCUCCCUUGCCGGUCAGAACGAUAAGGUUGUGGAGGAUAUAAUUAACACAGUAUAUGUCUAUACCCGCGCCGGUUUCAACAAGCCACCAAUAGCACAUCUCCCAGGACACAAGAAGCCGUCUGUUGCAGUUAAAUGUUCUCCAGUAUACUAUACAUUGAGGCAAGGCACCAAACCUACUCGCCAGAUCUUUCUGGAUUCCUCAUCCGCUGAAGAGGCAUUCCCGCCUCUCCCGGACUCUGUCAUCUCCCAGCCAGCUAUGGAACCUCCAUUAAGCGCACCGCCAUCGGCUACUAGCGAGACUCCACGUCCUUUUCCUCAGUCGGGAGCAAAUGAAAGUGACACUGGGUCACAGAAUUCCCCAAUUCCACCGGUAUUUGCGUUGCCGUAUCGGAUGGUCUACGCUGUUGCAACUCAAGACGCAGUUCUAGUAUAUGAUACGCAGCAGCAGACACCGCUUUGUGUAGUAAAUAACCUGCACUUUGCUACCUUUACCGAUCUUUCCUGGUCCCAUGAUGGGCUUACUCUCAUAAUGAGCUCCUCUGAUGGGUUCUGCUCAUCUCUCUCCUUUUCACCCGGAGAGCUAGGCCAGAUUCACACCAUAGAAAAGCCGCACCCGAUUUCCUCCAAUGUGGGGACACCGUCAACUGCUCCCGCUGUACAAUCGCCCAUAUUGUCUUCUCCACGCAAAAAUUCCGCAGGCAAGGCAUCUUUAGCGGCAAUCGGAACGCCGGCGCCAACCCCAACCGCAGUCCCUGCUCGUGCAGCUAGCUCCGGUCCAGCCACACCUUCCUCGUCAACUUCCAAGGCAGCCGCCGUAGUAAAUAACCCGACUCCUAUCCUUGGCACUGUACCCUCGGUGACCGCCACGAACUCUAGCCAGCCAUUUAGCACGCCACCGGAAACCCCCAUGUCAUCCCAUAGCGCUACCAAUUCUAUUAGCGGAAGUGUCCUGGGGAAGCGAGAUCUGAGCACGGUGAGCGAAUCCGAGAAAGAGGAUUCUCACGACAAGGAUGAAGAAGACCAAACAGGAAACAAAACCGCCCAUCGAGAGCCAAAGAGAAAGCGAAUCGCACCGACCCUUAUUUCUCCUGCAAGCUCAGGGAUGCCAAACUCAGAGGAUUCCAGUAAACCAUCCAGCUAA